CUCGUUGAGGGUUUCAGUUUCCGUUCCCUGAGCAACAUUGCAUGCCUCCAUCCUAAGUCGUGGGAGGAGGGAUCAUCUACCUGAGGGACUCUCAUUUAUUUUUUCCUAACCGAUAUUACAGGUCUUUUUCUUUGGGGGAGCGUCAGUGCGCCGCAACUAGUUUAGGCUUUCGGUAUUCCUUAUUUUUCGGUAUUCCUUACUUGUCUCUUAGUAUUCGUGUCGUAGGUAGACUCCUCCAGAGCCAUGGCGGAAGUAGACGUAGCCGGUCUAAGCGCCGGAACCACGCACACCGGCGUGACCGGUGGCGGUAGUGUGCCCACUGCGCGCCGAUACUCCCUAGGCAUUGGUCCGCCGGGCGGCGCGGGGGGCGACGCGGGCGGCGCGAAGGUGCUAAGUGCCAAGGCGGAGCUUAAAGACGCGCUGAUGGCGUUCCAGCAGACGUUCGUGAUGUGUGACGCGACGAAGCCCGACAACCCGAUUAUGUUCGCCAGCGAGGGGUUCUAUCAAAUGACUGGCUACACCGCGCAAGAGACUAUUGGCAAUAACUGUCGCUUCCUGCAAGGCGCGGAGACGGACAAGGCGGAAGUCGCAAAGCUGCGCGCGGCGGUGGCGGCGGGGGAGAGCUGGUGCGGGCGGCUGCUGAACUACAAGAAGGACGGGUCGCCCUUCUGGAACCUGCUGACCGUGUCACCCGUUAAGGACGACAGUGGGAAAGUUGUGAAGUUUAUCGGAAUGCAGGUGGAGGUCACCAAGUACACGGAGGGCGCCAAGGACAAAGAGACCCGCCCCAACGCGCUGCCGGUCUCGCUCAUCAAAUACGACGCGCGCCAGAAGGAGGAGGCGGAGAGCACGGUGUCUGAGCUAGUGGCGGAGGUGGGCAACAAGCCGCACCCGCUACUGGAGCAGCUGGCGGAAGGGGGGGGCGCGGGUGAGGCGGGGGGCGGAAUGGACAAGCUGAUGCAGCUGCCCAAGGUGGAGGGGGAGGGGUCAGGGGGAGCUGCUGCGGGCGGGGCGGCGGAGGGGAAGGGGCGCAAAUCCGGGCUCAUGUCUAUGUUGUCCAUGAAGGGGAAGGCGGAGCCGGCGAUGGAGGCGGUGGAGGAGGAGGACGAGGGGGAUCACAAGGCGAGGCGAGGGCUGGACCUAGCCACCACGCUGGAGCGAAUCCAGAAGAACUUUGUCAUCACGGACCCGCGGCUGCCCGAGAACCCCAUUAUCUUUGCAUCGGAUGACUUUCUCGAGCUGACGGAGUACUCCCGAGAGGAGAUCCUGGGACGCAACUGCAGGUUCCUGCAAGGGCCGGACACGGACCCGAAGACAGUGCAGAGGAUCCGAGAUGCGAUCAAGAAGGAGGAGGAUAUCACGGUGCAGCUGCUCAACUACACCAAGUCAGGCAAGCAGUUUUGGAAUCUCUUCCAUCUGCAGGCUGUGCGAGAUAACAAGGGCAUGCUGCAGUACUUCAUCGGGGUGCAGCUAGACGCGUCCCAGUACGUGGACGCGUCCAUCCACGGGUUGCAGGAGAAGCUGGCAGUGGAGGGGGAGAAGAUUGUCUUGGAAGCGGCCAACAACGUGGAGGGAGCCGUCAGAGAGCUUGCAGACCCUGGUGCUUCUGCUGCGGACCUGUGGGCCGUGCACACCGCACCCGUGGCAGUGAAACCGCACAAGACGGCUGACCCCGCAUGGCAGGCCAUUCAGGAGGUAAUCAAGAAGGACGGGAAGCUCAGCUUGAAGCACUUCCGACCAAUCAAGCCUCUGGGCGCUGGAGACACGGGCAGUGUGCACCUGGUGGAGCUGCGGGACACCACCCGCCUGUUCGCCAUGAAGGCGAUGGACAAGGAGGUGAUGAUCAACCGCAACAAGGUGCACCGCGCAUGCACCGAGCGCGACAUCCUGGGGAAGAUCGACUUUCCGUUCCUGCCGACGCUCUACGCCUCCUUCCAGGUACGGCCUCAUUCCAGGUACGGCCUCCUUCCAGGUACGGCCUCAUUCCAGGUACGGCCUCCUUCCAGGUACGGCCUCAUUCCAGGUACGGCCUCAUUCCAGGUACGGCCUCAUUCCAGGUACGGCUUCAUUCCAGGUACGGCCUCAUUCCAGGUACGGCUUCAUUCCAGGUACGGCCUCAUUCCAGGCUUAGUUGGGCACUAACGAUUUCUGGAGUUUCGUAAUCGUAAUAUAACGCGAUCAUUUACGAUUUCGCUAACGAACGGUGACUAACGCGUUAGUCCGCGCCGGGCAGGUAAAAAAAAUCUCUGAGAAAAUUUCUGGUUCAUGAUGAAAGUUCUCUAGAGAAAUCUUUGGGUCAGUCAGCAUGCAACUCAGAAUUAGGGCAGAUCAACGAGAUGGGGAGCUAGCAGAUUUAUACGUCGUGCUAGGGGGUGUUAGUGAGCUGCGACUUAGUAGCUUGUAGGUUUAGAGAGCAGUCGUAGUGCUCGCGGUGAAAGUUAGGAAGGAACGGUAAGAUGCGAACCGAGAG